AUGAGCCCCCGCCGCCCCUGGCCCUCCGCGCCCCCCGGGCCGCUCGCCGCGCUGCGCCUGGGCACCCGGAGCGAGGGCGACCUGUGCGAGGCGCCCGACGGCCGCGCCGGCGUCUGCCGCGUCAUCCGCGACUGCCCCGCCAUGCUGGCGCUGCUCGAGGGCAGGCCGUCGCAGGAGAACAUCAUCGUGCUGAACCGCGCGCGGUGCGGCUUCCAAGGCAGCGUGCCGGUGGUGUGCUGCGCGGGGAGCCAGAGCACCGCCAGGCCGCCCACUCCGCGGCCCGGGGGCGGGGGCGGAGGCGGGGGCGGCUCGUCCCCCGUCUCGGACGACGUGGACAGCGUGGCGCGCGACGUGAGCAACCACCCCAACCUGCGGAUGCUGCCGCAGGAGGUAUGCGGGCCCGUCGGCACCGACCGCAUCACUGGAGGCACCGUCGCCGACAUCUACGCCUACCCGUGGAUCGCCCGCCUGGGCUACAAGUCCAGCACACGACCCAACAACCCGGUGUCAUACCGCUGUGGUGGUUCUUUGAUCAGCUCUCGUUACGUGCUGACUGCGGCGCACUGCGUGGUGAUGCGUAAAGAAUCACCCCUCCGACUCACCACCGUCAAGUUGGGCGAACACACAACUGACACGCCCGUGGACUGCAAGGAGAGCGGGUCGUGCCUGCCGCCGCCGGUGGACGUGGAGGUGGAGCAGAUCGUGGUGCACCCGGGCUACGACGCCGCGCGCCAGCCGCCCACCAUGCACCACGACCUGGCUCUGCUCCGCCUGGCGCGGCCCGUCGACUUCGCGCGCGAGGAGUUCGUGCGGCCCGUGUGCCUGCCCGUGGGCGCCGACAACCAGCGCAUGCGCCUCGACGGCGAGGCGCUCGUCGUGGCCGGCUGGGGCACCACGGAGACCGGCGAGGGCAGCAAGGCGCUGCUCAACGUCUUCGUGCCCGCCGUGCCCAUCGACAGGUGCAGGGACGCCUACAGGAAGGCGCUGGUGGCCGGGAGCCAAGGACGGGUGCAGUUCGGCGUGGUGUCCUUACGGCCCCGCAACUGCGGCAGGAGGCGCCGGGCGUCUACACGCGCGUCGGCCACUACAUGCAGUGAUGCGCCCCUGAGCCGCCCGGCCCCGUUUCCGUCCAACGCCGCGGGCGCGACGGACGCCGUGCGGUGCCUCCUUGGGCCCCGUUGGACUGGUUUCUCUGAGAGGAAACUCAACGCAGCCUGUUGGCUUGUUUUCAUUUUGAGUGAUACCUGCCUGUGUACCUGCUUCUUUGCCAUUCCUGUGACGUGCAAUGAGAUCGACGACGUUGGUUUUGCUAGCGACAUACUGAUGAAAAAUCACACCACGCAAAAGCGAAACCCUCCUGACGUCCCAAUGUUCCGCGUCAGCAGUCUUCACCGAACCCGGUCUUCCUCCCCGGGCAAUUGGCCUCCAGGUCGACCUCACCUCGCCUCUGGCGCGGUGCCCGCCGCCGCCGCCGCCGCCAGCGGCCGGUUCUCCGUGGAACGCGCGCGCGGCGGCCGGCCAGUCGCCUGGCAGCUCCCCGGCCGAUCGGUCGCCGCCCCGCCCCGCCUGCACCACCCCGCCACUCCACGCUGCGCCUGGCUGCCAGCAAACCUCCGGACAUGCUUUUUGCGCGAUGAAUCAGCGAUAGUACAGAGCCUAGCCCUUCUUGCCAUUCUACUGAGGGAGGCCUGCAAGGUGAACGUGUGGCUGCGAAGUUGUCCAGUCACGCGGAAAAUGAGGCGGAGCAGCGAAAGCGCGCAACCCGGCGCGCGUCUGAGCUACAACUGCGCGGGCACGCUGAUCGCGGAGCGCUACGUGCUGACGGCGGCGCACUGCGUCGUCCGCCGCACGUCGCAGGUGGUGUCGGUGCGGCUGGGCGAGUACAACACCGCCACGCCCAUCGACUGCAAGGAGCUCCAGUUCCAGCCGCAGCGCCAGGCCUGCCUGCCGCCGCCCAUCGACGUGGACGUGCAGCACAUCGUCACGCACCCGGACUAUAACCGCGCCACCAGCUACCACGACAUCGCGCUGCUGCAGCUGGCGUGGCCGGUGGACUUCGUGCGGGAGGAGUUCGUGCGGCCCGUGUGCCUGCCCGCGGCCGCCGACCUGCAGAACUUUGCGCUGGACGGGAAGAAGCUGGUGGCGGCCGGCUGGGGCACCGCGGACUUGGAGACUGGCCAGGGGAGCGAGGUGCUGCUCGACGUGGUGGUCCCCGCCGUGGGCCUGCAGCAGUGCCAGGAAGCCUACAGGAGGGGGCGCGACUCGUGCACGGGGGACAGCGGGGGCCCGCUGAUGCGCGAGGCGCUGGUGGCCGGGGAGGCCAAGACGGUGCAGUUCGGCGUGGUGUCCUUCGGGCCCCGCAGCUGCGGCACGGCGGGCGUGCCGGGCGUCUACACGCGCGUCGGCCACUACAUGCAGUGGAUCCUCGACACCAUGCGCCCUUGA